AUGUGGCUUCUCAAUCAUGGGAAAGGCCAUGACGUGUUGGGGGUGCUUCGAGAGGAUGAGAAUACUGUUCUAGCCGUGCUUGCAGACGACAUCUCGGCGCAAGUGGGCCAUACAUACCGUGCGAUACACUCGGAGCAGCUGUGUGGCAAGGGCGCAUGCACAUCAGGAUGUGAUACAGGUCGGCCCGUUUCGUUCUACCUCAAUGGCUGUACAUAUCCCGCCGUUACGUUUGUCCCGUACAUGCAGCAGCUUCGUUGCAUAUGA